AUGCAGAUUCAAUGCAAAGCCCUAACUUUUACAGUUUCUUCGAUUUCUUCUAACCCCAAGCUACCAUUCCGAUCUUCAAUCACUUUACGAGGAUGGAAGAAGCCUCCAUUCCCGAGUUUCAGGAGCUCUGUUUCCGGAGAUUUGAACAUGUUUGUAAGAAGCUGCGCAAGUCCGAAUCAGAAGCUUGUUGUUGAAGGAGGAAGAGGAAAUGGGGAGGAAGUGAUUGAGCUUGAAGGUGGAGAUGUAAGCGACGGUUCGAUUUUUUCUCCGGUUGAAGUGGAAACAGAAGAGGUGAAGAAAGAUGAGUUGGCGGAUCAGAGUAUUUGGGGGCAGAUGAAAGAGAUCGUCAUGUUUACGGGACCUGCGGCUGGACUGUGGCUGUGUGGGCCGUUGAUGAGUCUCAUUGACACGGCGGUGAUUGGCCAAGGAAGCUCACUCGAACUCGCUGCUUUAGGUCCUGCAACGGUCAUCUGUGAUUAUUUGUGUUAUACGUUCAUGUUCCUCUCAGUUGCGACUUCAAAUCUUGUUGCCACUUCUCUUGCUCGGCGGGAUAAAGAUGAAGUACAACAUCAGAUAUCAAUCUUGCUUUUCAUCGGAUUGGCUUGUGGAGUCAUGAUGAUGGUGUUUACAAGACUGUUUGGUUCCUGGGCACUAACAGCUUUUACAGGGGCAAAGAAUUCUGAUAUUGUUCCGGCUGCUAAUACAUAUGUUCAGAUCCGUGGUCUCGCAUGGCCAGCUGUUCUCAUUGGAUGGGUUGCUCAAAGUGCAAGUCUUGGUAUGAAAGACUCAUGGGGACCUUUAAAGGCAUUGACAGUUGCCAGUGUCAUAAAUGGUGUUGGUGAUGUGGUCUUAUGCACCUUUCUAGGAUACGGUAUAGCAGGUGCAGCUUGGGCAACUAUGGUCUCACAGGUUGUUGCAGCUUAUAUGAUGAUGGACGCAUUGAACAAGAAAGGAUACAGUGCGUUCUCACUCUGUGUUCCUUCUCCAAGUGAACUUUUGACUAUCUUUGGGCUCGCUGCCCCAGUCUUUAUAACUAUGAUGUCAAAGGUUUUGUUCUAUACGCUACUGGUGUACUUUGCUACAUCAAUGGGUACAAGCAUCAUAGCUGCUCAUCAGGUUAUGCUUCAGACAUAUACUAUGAGUACGGUUUGGGGGGAGCCUCUCUCUCAAACUGCACAGUCCUUUAUGCCUGAGUUGUUAUUCGGAAUCAAUCGCAAUUUGCCUAAGGCUAGAAUGCUUCUGAAGUCACUUGUUAUCAUCGGUGCUACGCUAGGAAUAGUAGUGGGAACCAUUGGCACAGCAGUUCCAUGGCUGUUCCCUGAAAUCUUUACACACGACAAGGUUGUCACAUCUGAGAUGCACAAGGUCAUAAUACCAUAUUUCCUUGCUUUAUUUAUCACUCCAAUUACUCACAGUCUUGAAGGCACCUUACUGGCUGGAAGAGAUCUUAGAUAUAUCAGCUUGUCAAUGACUGGAUGCCUCGCUGUUGCUGGGGUUCUACUUAUGCUUCUGAGCAAUGGAGGAUUUGGCUUGAGAGGCUGCUGGUAUGCACUCGUGGGAUUCCAAUGGGCUCGGUUUUCGCUUUCCCUUGUACGUCUUCUUUCACGGGACGGUGUACUUUACUCGGAAGAUACAAGCCGCUAUGCAGCCGAGAAAGUCAAAGCUGCUUAG